GUGAGUCGAAUUUAUUGCAAUAGUGAUUGGCAUCGCAGGCAUUGAUAUUCAUAAUAAACAAUAGAGUCUCUCACUAGUACAAUUCCAAAAACAACAGUGUUUAAAAAUACCUGAAACAAUAGUACUAUUAAUGGUAUGACGCAAUAUUGACUCAUCUUUGAAAAUGGGUAGCGAACUUGCUGAAGAUAUUUUGCAAUACGUCGAAAAAAAUGGGGAAACAAACUCCCUGGAUUUAGUUCCUGUCUUCGAGGAGGAUCAUCAAAAAAUCAUUGGAGCUAUCAAAAGUCUCCAAACACUCGACAAUGUCAUUGAGGUCGAGCAAGUGAGUCAGAAAAAAUGGGAGCCAACAUCCGAAGGAGAACACGUAAUAGAGCAUGGAAGUCACGAGGCAGCAGUGUACAAAGCCAUCCCCGAGAAUGGACUCCUCCAAAGCGACAUUAUGAAAUCAGUAGCGUACGCCAAAGUUGGAUUUUCCAAAGCUAUGGUAGCUGGUUGGAUCAAGCUAGAUAAAAGCACGGGCAAGCCCAUAGUGACUAAGAACGUUGCGUCCAUUGAAGAUACAACGCAAAUGCACUUGAAGAAUAUCGAGAGCCUUCCAGACACCGUCAAGGCUGAAUACAAAAAGAGAAAACUUUUGCAGGAGGUCAUCAUUAAGAGUGUGAUCGUCAAGAAGGGGAAGAAUUUUGUCACUAAAAUUGAGAAACAAGAGGCGGAUCUCACGGCUGAUUUGUUGAUUAAUAAUUCGUGGAAGGAGAAGAAAUUCAAACCUUAUAAUUUCGAUGCUUUGGGGGCUGCUCUUGAUGUUGGACAUCUUCAUCCCCUUUUGAAAGUCAGGAGUGAAUUCAGGAAAAUAUUCUUAGAGAUGGGCUUCGCAGAAAUGCCAACGAAUAAUUUUGUUGAAUCCUCAUUCUGGAAUUUCGAUGCUCUAUUCCAACCGCAGCAGCAUCCAGCUCGUGAUGCCCACGAUACAUUCUUCAUAUCAGACCCGAAAAACACGACAGAAUUCCCCCAAGAGUAUCUACAGAAAGUAAAGGAAGUUCAUAGUAAUGGUGGCUACGGCUCCGAGGGCUACCGUUAUUCCUGGAAGAUAGAGGAAGCCCAAAAGAACCUUUUGAGGACCCACACGACAGCUGUCUCAGCAAGAAUGCUAUAUAACCUCAUGCAGGAGGGAGAGUUCAAACCUGUGAGGUACUUCAGCAUCGACCGGGUCUUCAGAAACGAGACUCUCGACGCAACGCAUCUCGCUGAAUUCCACCAGGUCGAGGGGGUUGUUGCUGAUUACAAUCUCACCCUGGGAGAUCUCAUUGGCACCCUUUACGAGUUCUUCAAGAAAUUGGGAAUUGAUAAAUUGGAGUUCAAACCGGCUUAUAAUCCUUAUACUGAACCCAGUAUGGAAAUUUUCUGCUUCCACGAGGGCUUGGGGAAGUGGAUUGAAAUUGGAAACAGCGGAAUGUUCAGACCUGAGAUGCUGUUGCCUAUGGGAUUACCGCCAAAGGUUAAUGUGAUUGCUUGGGGAUUAUCUCUUGAAAGACCUACGAUGAUUAAAUAUAAACUCAACAACAUCCGUGAUCUUGUUGGGUCCAAAGUCGAUCUCCAAAUGGUCUACAACAAUUCUAUAUGCCGCUUAGAGAAAGUCGCAGGCAUUCCUCAAAUGAACGUGACAAAAUUUCCAGAAGAUGGACUAAUAAACAGUUCUGGAAAUGACGCAUGGACAAAGGGUGGAAAACUAGAAAACCAAAAUUUAGUAAUCUUCUGCGACCCUCAAUAUCCUAUUUUAUGGCUCGAAGGCCUUGUAAAAUUAACCGAAAAUAACCUCACAACGAUUCUUACAACUCACCUUCAUUCAACAGUUGAACGAAUUCCUCUUGAACUCGAAAAUUUCUGCUCCGAUUUAAAAAGCUCCCACAAAUUAGCGGAUUUAAUAAUUACUUUUAUUUGGAAAUCAGUAGGAGUGGAUCCAGUCCUGAAAGUCGAUGGAAAAGGAGAAAUCUUCGGGCAAGUCAAUAUUGCCCGUUAUUUUAACCGCCUCAUAGAACAAAUCAAUCCCAGUUUACUGAGAUACGAAAGCAGGGGAGCACUUUACGCUAAUAAAAUCGAUGAGGCUCUCGAUAAAAUUAAUAAUACCCUGCAUAAUUCUAGGAAGCCAAAAUUACAUGACAUGAAAAAAUCGGAGUCACAGUAUAUUUUCGAGGAGUUAUCAAUUAUUGAUUUGAUAUUGCAGAAAUGAAAAUGGAGAUUUCCCAGAGGAAUCCAAAAAAUUGUAAUUUUGUACUGAUGGUAAUUACAUUUUUUGACCGGUGACAAA